AUGGACCGGGGCAUCGAGAACGAGUUUGCCAGGCUCGAAUCAGUCUUUGCCGGCAAAAGGGAAAAGAUUCACAGCCAACAAGCGAAUAUCAGCUUGAAGCGGUUUCUGAAGAAGUAUCUCGGCAUCGAAGAAGAGUGGUCGGCUCCUGCACCAGACAGUCGGCCGUCAGCUACAGUGACCCUCUCGUGGUACUACCUAGACGACAGAGAACUGCCGAAUCAAAUCAUGGCAAAGGUACCCGGGCUUCACUUGGAAAAGUUUGGGUACAAUCACGUCAUCGGUUGGGACGCGGCACAUGUCACUGAGGAGAUUACACGCUUGGAAGAGGAGCGCCGACGGCUGGAGGAGCAAGAGGAAGCCGAGAAACGAGCGGCAGAAGAGGAGAAGAAGGCUCAGAAAAAGGCCAGAUGGGAGCGGCGGUGCAAGAGGCAUUACGAACUUGUUCGGGUUGCAAAGACACAGGAAUCCCACAGGCCAUUAGGCCUUCAAACCCUCCCUGGGGCGUACCUGGUGCGGUGGGACGACAACUCGGAGGACGCGGAGAGGUGCAAUGACCCGCAUCAUGACAUCGAUGUUAUGAAGCUCAACAUAUUCCCGGCUGAAAGCUCGCACGGGUGCAAAGCGUAUUUCAACUUUGGGCUGAUCGAAGGGACGAUGCUGCUGGCGAUGACCAAGCGGGGAGUUGAAAUGCUAAGGGACAAGCAGCCCAAGCACAGCGAAUGGAGCGAUCCCGAAGUGUCUGAUGACGACGUGCACGAUGGAGACUGCAAAACGGGCGAGGCUAAGACACAAACCAAGCUGACUGGGGAGAAGCGGUCACUUGGGGACAUCGCCGAUCCGUGGGGGGUCCAGGCUGCCCGAGCGAACCGGCAGCAGUUGACGGGCUUAAAGAAGGCGGAGGAGGAAAGCCAUCCGAAUCGGGUUUAUUUUCAGUUUGUUUGCAACGAGAUUAAUGGGUACCCCCUCGUUGACGACGACAACGAACAUGUCGGGUACUUGGACUUUGACGAGACAGGGUUAGCUGCGAAGGGCAACUUUGAUGUACCGCGCCUUGGUAUGAAAGAGCAGGCGAUAGCCAUCUUCAAGAUUGCGGAGAAGCCGGCGUCGGAUAAGAAGCCACUGCCGUGGUAUGAGUUUGACGGGAGAACGUGGGGGAGCACGUGGUAA